AAUCAUUCAAAAUAUCUAAAAGGGAACAAAAGCUGGGGGUUCAACUCAUCAGAAUUCAGAACCGCGGUCGGAGCUGAACCCGAGCAAGAGAAACAAGGCUAGGAAACUUCACCCGAGAGAUUUGAUUACCUCUCUCCAUCGCGUCAAAAACCCAGUAAGAACCGAGAUUACAGUUUGAACACCUGCAAUGGCAUACUGUGUUCAAGGAGAAUCUUCCUCAGGCUCAAACUCUGGAACUUCUAAUUCAACUCUGAAAAGGAAAUAUGACGUUUUCUUGAGUUUCGCUGGACAAGAUACUCGCUUGAAUUUUACAGAUCACUUGUAUGCUGCUUUUGUUAGAAGUGGGAUCAGAGCUUUUAGGGAUAAGGAAGGAAUGGAGAGAGGAGAAGUUAUAUCACAACAACUCCUUCAAGCAAUUGAAGAUUCUCCCUGUGCAGUUGUUGUACUCUCUGAAAAUUAUGCAAAUUCUACCUGGUGUUUGGAUGAACUCCAAAAGAUCCUUGAAUGUAGAAAUAAAUCAGGUCAGCAAGUUUUCCCUAUUUUUUAUAGUGUAGAUCCAUCUGACAUAAGACACCAAAGAAAAAGUUAUGGUGAAGCUCUCGUUAAACAUGAAGAGAGAUUUAGAGAAAACAAACAUAAGGUGCAGAAAUGGAGGAACGCUUUAUCACUGGUGAGCGACUUGUCUGGCUGGGACACUAGGGGCCGGCCAGAAACAGAGAUAGAGUUAGAUGAUGUUCGAUUUGUGGGGAUAUGGGGUAUGGGAGGGAUAGGUAAAACAACACUUGCUAGAAUUGUUUAUGAAAGAAUCUCCAGCCAGUUUGAAAUGUGUUGCUUUUUGUCCAACAUUCGAGAGGUUUCAGAAAGAGAAGAUCCAGUUCAUGCACAAAGACAUCUUCUUUCGCAUCUCAACAUAAGUAAUGAGGUAAUCAUGAACAAGCAUGAAGGAAAAGCCAUUCUAAGAAACCUUUUUUGCAGCAAAAAGGUGCUCCUUGUGCUUGAUGAUGUAACUCACAUGAGUCAAUUAGAGAAUAUGGCUGAAAGUCCAAAGUGGUUUGGUAUGGGGAGCAGAGUAAUUAUAACAACAAGAGAUAUGCACUUGUUGAGAUCUCUUGGUGUGCAUGGAAUAUAUCAACUUGAAACCAUGCAGAAAGAUGAAUCUCUUCAACUCUUUUCUAGGAAAGCAUUUAGAAAAGAUUAUCCUGAAAGCAAUUACUUGAUGUUGUCUGAAUCUGUGGUUAAAUAUGCCGGAGGUCUUCCUUUGGCACUCCAUGUUCUAGGUUCUUUUUUGUGUGGAAGAAGUGUACCUGAGUGGGAAGAUGCUUUAGACAGGCUAAAGGAAAUUCCAGAAGAUAAUAUUAUUCGAAAACUUAAAAUAAGUUAUGAUGCAUUAAAUUAUCAAGAAAAGGCAAUAUUUUUGGAUAUUGCUUGUUUUUUCAAUGGAUGGAUGAAAUAUGAAGUGACCCAAAUUUUGAGAAACUGUGAUCUCCACCCUACAAUUGGAAUAAAUGUUUUGAUUGAGAAAGCUUUACUAAUUGAAAAGAAGAAUAUGUAUGGAAAAUGCAUUUUAGAGAUGCACGAUUUACUUCAAGAAUUGGGUCGGAAUAUUGUUUUCCAAGAAUCUCUUGAUAAUGCUGGCAGACGUAGUAGGUUGUGGAAUAUAGAGGACAUCAAUGAAAUAUUGAAAGAUAACGCAGGAUCAAAUGCAAUACAUGCCAUUGUUACGCUUUCCCAUGCUGAAGUAGAAGUGCAUCCUGAAGUAUUUUCAAAGAUGAGAAAUCUCAGACUUCUCUACUUAGACUGUGGAUUGAAACAUCCUAUAGAUUUCAAAUGCCUUUCCAAUGCAUUAAAAGUAAUUGUGUGGUUGCAUUGUCCACUAGAAGCUCUUCCACUUGAAAUUCCACUGCAUAAACUUGUUGAUAUUCAGAUGCCUUAUAGCAACAUAAAGCAACUCUGGAAUGGUGUAAAGUUUAUGAAGAACUUGAAGCAUAUUGAUAUGAGUUAUUCUAAAGAUUUGACUGAAACUCCAAAUUUCUCAGGAGUUCCAAAUUUAGAAAAUUUAAUUCUUGAAUGGUGUAUAUCCCUCAUUGUGGUUCAUCCCUCGCUUGGAGAGUUGAAAAAACUUGUUGAAGUGGACUUGCAUGGAUGUAUAAGACUUGAAAUCCUUCCAAGAAAAUUGGAGAUGAAUUCAUUGAUAAAGUUGGAUCUUGGUUAUUGUUAUGAAAUCUCAAUGCUUCCAGAGUUUGGGGAAUGCAUGAAGAAAUUAUCUUUGCUUGAUGCAAGUUGCACUGCUAUAACCAAACUUCCUGAAUCACUGGGAUUCUUAACUGGUCUGCAAGAUUUGGGAUUGAGUGGCUGCGAAAAUAUUGAUCUUCAUCCCUUUACUGUCAAAAAGUUGUUGGGCUUUAAUCUAAUGUCAUUAACAGAGUUAAACUUAAGCAACUGUGGCAUUAGUGAUGGAUCAUUCCUGAUGAUUUUGGGGGCUUAACAUCAUUAUUUGCAUUGGAUCUGGGACGAAAUGAUUUUGUUAAUCUACCAAUUGGUUGCUUCUGUAAUCUGCAUCGUCUACACUAUCUGUUUUUGAAUGAUUGCAAGAGGCUCAAGUCACUACCAAAGCUUCCACCACGAUUAAUUCGAUUAGAUGCAUUCGGUUGUGAUGCAUUGGAACCUUUAUCAGAUCGACAGUUAUGGAAUGUCGUUUCUUCACUUGACCAUGAGUAUCGCCAUCAAACUAAAUAUACCAAUUCACUGAUCCAGCACGAUGAGUUAGAAUAUCUACCUCAAAGGGAUUUUCUCACAAUUAUCACAGCACUUGAAGUGCCAUCAUGGUUUCAAAAUAAAGAUUAUGUUUCUUCAUAUGACUACAGUGGGGAAUUUGUAUUAAUGGUGGACAUCCCUCAAUAUUUUCGUGCGAGUGAAUGGUCAGGCCUUGCUGUAUGCUUGAAUAUACAAAGCUUUUUGAUGUCUGAGAGUGUUUACAUUUCAUGGAGUAGCAAAGCUCCGGAAGAUGAUAAUUAUAUAUGCAAAGAUUGGUCACACGUUAUUGGAAAUGGUUUGAAGCAGGGUCAUCACCUCUGUCUAAUGCUGUUGCAUUUAAAUGAUAAAACAUGUUGGCAACAUUUAAGAGGUGAUGACAGUUGCCUUCAUAUCAAACUCAGCCUGCGUUGUGCACUUCUUGAAGACCUUGUAAUUGUCGGUUGUGGAUGGCGAGUUCUAUGUAAAGAUGAGAUGAAAGAGUGGGGCAGCUUUAAUGAUUUCAGCAAAUCAACCAAAGCAGAAGCUGGAGCUUCUAAGGUCUGUCUUCCAGAUUCUGUAAUUCACAGAACAAUAAAAAACUUUCAAGGAGAGUUUGGAAUACCUGUUGAGGCUGUUAGGCAGGCCCACUUUACCCAUUUUAAAGAGUGGCAUGGGCGGGAAAAAAUCAACUCAUAAUAAGAGCAGUUCAAUCAUGAUACAUCUCACUUAGCUUGUGGGUAAGUGAGAACUAUUACAGGUCUGUUUCUCACCUUCACUGGUUUGUUUCUGUUGCUGGUCCAUUUCUGUCGCUGGUUCGUUUCUGUUGCUGGUUUAUUUCUGCUGUUGGAAAUUAUCUUCUGCUGCCUCUCUGUUCUGUGUCGAUGUUGGUGUGUGUUAGUUGAUGUGUGUGAGCUGAAUCAUUUGAGCUGAGGUGCUGCUCAUGGUUUCAUCUGCUUCUUGGUGCUGUUUUGUUCUUCUGCUGUCCAUGUGUCGUGCUAGAGACUCUUCCCCUGUUCAGCCAUAAACUUCAGCUCCUCCUCUUAUCUUCAUCAUUUGUGCUUUAAGAUAGUAGAAAUGGACUGGCUCUUCAGUAGAUCUCGUGGGACUCCUUAAAACAAAAAGUAUUUUAUUGCUUCAAUUACAUUGUGGAUUAAUGUAAAUAUUUAAACAUUCUAUUUUUGUUCUAGAAUAGCUCCACGAAUCAUAUAGGCAGGAUCCUUAGUUAAAUUAUUUUGGUUUGUAUAUAUUGUAUCAGAGUAGAACUUUGAAUGCUACUUGAAUGUGCUUUUUGGCAGGUUGUAGGGAUUUUAGGAAGUCCAACUUAAAGCAGAAAUUUUGUCGAAAUUUUUAUAGGUAGCUCAAGUAUUUUGUUACUAUUAAUAGUUGCUUAAUAUAAAUGAUGAUUGUACGACAAAAUUUGAAUUAAUAUAUUAGACUUAUUAA